AUGACCAGACCAGACAGUCCAACCUCAGCUACUAAGAGCUAUGCUCUGGACGAGCCUUUGUAUGACGAGACACUAGAUGACGCCGACAACCCUCUCAACUGGCCCCGAUGGCGAAAGGUCUAUAUAGCAUUGCUUAUGGCAGUCCUCGGAUUCUUGGCCCAAUUUGGUUCUGCUCUUAUCAACCCUGGUUAUGUCGAAAUGUCGGAGGAUCUCAAGAUCACGAUCGAACAAAGCUCCUACUGUACGACUAUUUUCAUCGUUUUUAGUGGCUUGGCUCCAAUGUUUGUUGUUCCUUACGCAAACACCUAUGGCCGACGAGUCCUCUUCGUGGUGUUUUCGGCAAUCGCUACCGUAGGUGCGGUGGUGUCCGCAGCUUCGCCAGGAUAUGGAGGCGUCGUCGUUGGCCGUAUCAUCAAUGGCAUCGGAUCAGGUAUUCCGUUGGGGAUCUGUGACCUAUUCCGGCAACAAGAAAGAGGUCUCUGGGUUGGCCUCUACACUGUUAGCGUGACGAAUGGUCCCCAUAUCGCACCCAUUGCCGGCGGUUAUAUCACACAACGUCUGGGCUGGCGUUGGUGCUUCUGGGUUCCUGCCAUCUUCCAGGGCGUGGUCUUUAUCCUGUCAAUUCUUACGCUUCCCGAGACUCUGUACGUGAAUGACGACACCAACCGUCUGAAGAACAAGUCCUAUCGAGGUCGUCUCAUGUUUUGGGGCAAAGUCCUUGACCGACCCAUUGAGCGGUGGCAGUUCUUGAGACCCUUCAAGCUUCUUCAGUAUGCGCCAGUGACCCUGCCCGCCAUCUACUUCUCUACCGUCAACACCUAUGGUAGCGCGCUCUUUGCGGUUACGGGGUCGCAUAUUGCUGCCACCAUAUAUGAAUUCAACGUUGCGCAGAUCGGCCUUUUCAUGGGGGUGCCUCUGACUAUCGGCUGCAUGUUGGGCGAAGCUUCUGCUGGCUGGGUCAGUGAUCUUAUUCUCGCCCUGUACGCCAAGAGACAUCAUGGGUACCAGAAGCCCGAGGCCCGGCUGUUUCUGAUGCCUCUAUGCACGUUUCUGUGUAUUGGAACUGCCACAUAUGGCUUCUGCGUUCAGAGUUCACUUCCGUGGAUCCAGUCGUCGAUCUGUAUGGCUGUUUCCGGGUUUGGCACGCAGGUUGCGACAACCAUGGUGUAUACCUACUGCACGGAUAGUUACAAGGCGCAGUCGAGUGAGAUCGGAGCAAUCCUGAAUUUCUUCAAGUGCGUUUAUGCUUUCAACGUUGGUUUCUACGCCUUGCCAUUCUCGGCCAAGGUUGGAUACACCGCUGCCUUUUCUACACUGGCCGCCAUUAACGCCGCGGCCUUGAUCCCGUUGCUCGUGCUGUUCUGGAUUGGGGAGCGGGUCAGGGUGCACUCGGCAGAGUAG